GAAACAGAAAUUAUUCAUUGGGUGUUGCUUAUUCUGUAGCUGAAUUUUUUUUCAUGUGCGGUUUUAUCGUUUAAUACGAUCACCACAGUGGGCUGAUGGAGCACAUACGGACCCCGAAGGUGGAGCAGGUGAAGCUCCUGGAUCGUUUCAGCAACAAGUCUACAUCAGGGACGCUGUACCUCACCGCCUCGCACCUCAUCUUCAUGGACAGUAACACGCCCAGUGCUCAGGAGAUUUGGAUCCUCCAUCACCACGUGGCGUGUGUUGAGAAACUCUCUCUGACGGCCAGCGGCUGCCCGCUCCUCAUCCAGUGCCGGAAUUUCCGGGUGGUGCACUUCGUGAUCCCGCGCGAGAGAGACUGCCACGACGUCUACAGCUCGCUGCUCCGCCUGCUCCGGCCAGUGUCGUACGACGAGCUCUACGCCUUCUCCUACAACCCGAAGCAGAACGAGCAGCAGCGGGGGGAGGGGUGGCAGCUGAUAGACCUGGGGGCGGAGUUUGAGCGUAUGGGCGUACCAUGUGACCAGUGGCAGCUGACAGACGUGAACCGAGACUAUAAGGUGUGUGAGACGUACCCCAGAGACCUGUACGUUCCCAUCACCGCCAGUAAACCCAUCAUACUGGGAAGCUCCAAGUUCAGAAGCAAAGGACGCUUCCCCGUCCUCACCUACUUCUACCAGGAGAAGAAGGCCGCGGUGUGUCGGUGCAGUCAGCCUCUCUCAGGCUUCAGCGCUCGCUGUCUGGAGGACGAACACAUGCUGCAGUCCAUCGGCAAAGCCAACCACAACAACCGCUCCAUCUACGUCAUGGACACCAGGCCCAAGUUAAACGCUCUGGCCAACCGGGCGGCGGGGAAAGGGUACGAGAACGAGGACAACUACUCCAACAUGCGCUUCCAGUUCGUGGGCAUCGAGAACAUCCACGUGAUGAGAGCCAGCCUGCAGAAACUUCUAGAAGUGGUCGGUACUCGCGGUCUCUCCAUGUCCGAGUUCCUGGUAGGACUUGAAAACAGUGGCUGGUUGCGUCACAUCAAAACCAUUGUCGACGCAGCCAUCUUUCUCACCAAGGCGGUGACUGUAGAGGGCGCCAGUGUGCUGGUUCAUUGCUCAGACGGAUGGGAUCGCACGGCCCAGGUGUGCUCUCUGGGCGCCCUGCUGAUGGACCCUUAUUACCGAACCAUCAAGGGCUUCAUGGUGCUGAUCGAGAAAGACUGGAUCUCCUUCGGACACAAGUUUGCAGACAGGUGCGAUCAGUUGGACGGCGACCCGAAGGAGGUGGCUCCCAUCUUCACCCAGUUCCUGGAGAGUGUGUGGCAGGUGAUGGAGCAGUUCCCCCAGGCCUUCCAGUUCAGCGAGUGGUUCCUCAUCCAGAUCCACGAGCACGUGCACUCGUGUCAGUUCGGAAACUUCCUGGGGAACAACCAGCGUCAGAGAGAGGAGCUGCAGUUAAAAGAGAGGACAUACUCCUUAUGGGCUCAUCUGUUAAGCGAGCAGCAGAAUUACCUCAACCCCCUCUACAGCCCGAGUUUCGUAGAAUCACACCAGGUUCUGGAGCCGAGCACACAGUCCUGGAACUUUAGGUUUUGGAGAAACAUGUACCAUCAGUUCGAUCGCUCCAUGCACCCGAGGCAGUCGAUCCUCAAACACACUCUCGCGCUUAAAGACAGCAACAAGGAGCUGGAGAACACGGUGCGAGCCCUGCAGGAGAAGCUGCAGAAGUACGGAGUGAGCACGUCACCUCUGAUCCACCAGAAGGAGCGCAGCGUUCCUCCUCGACCGCGGUCGCUCAUCCUCGGCGCCCCCGUCAGCCGAAAGGAGGCGCAGCAGGACGAUGACGAGGAGGAGAUUUACGGAGUAGAGGCGCUGGAGGAGGAGGAGGACGUCGCACCGAGCAGUAGUGGGGAACGGACUGUAGAGGGCAGCAGCGCCUCAGAGAACGGAUACUCGGAGCUCCAAGGCUCGUUCGGGUCUAAAACCGAGCCGGCUGUGGUCAGUCUGGAGUUCGGAGUGGCCCGGAUGACCUGCUGAGGCUCGCAGGAGGACUGAGACGUGUAUAUUGGUUAGGAUGGGUGAUGAGGAACAGAUAAAGAGGAUAUGUGAGUGAGUGUGUAUGAGUGAGAGAAUGCGCGAGUGUGUGUCUGAGUGUUUGGCAUCGGAGAGGCUGUGCGUAGAAAUGAUCAUCGCCAAGUGUGUAUAAAAAUAAAUAGAAGGAUGUGUUCUCAAAUGUAAAUCCGCUAUAGAUGAGUUUGUGUCAUUGUCCAGAGUGAGAGGAGGUGAUUUUUUUUUUUUUUUUAAAGAGUGUUAAUUUCACUAAAAGAAGAAAAAUUAAACAUUUAAACAGAGA